UAUUCAAAAUUUUUUAUUUGUAAAGAAUUCCUUGCCGGCUGUGGUGGCUCACACCUGUAAUCCCAAUACUUUGGGAUUUGAGCUUAGGAGAUUGAGACCUGCCUGGACAACACAGGGAGACCCUGUCUCUACUUUAAAUUUAUAUUAAAUAAAUUUUAUAUUUAAAAAAAUUCCUAAAACCUAUAAGGAAAAUGGACAAAGGCCAUAAACAGAGGAGGAAAUACAAAUGCCCAGUGAACAAAGACACCCACUCUCAUCAGGAACUAAAUGACAAGAUGCCAUUUUGAGCUGACAAGCUGACAAAAAUUAAAACAUUUUAAAGUCAAGGACGGGCCGGGCGCCGUGGCUUGCCUGUAAUCCCAGCACUUUGGUCCACCAUUGCACUCUGGCCUGAGCAACAGAGUGAGACUCGGUCUCAACAAAAAAAAAAGAAAAAAAAGAAAUUAAAUUAAAUUAAGUCAAGGGUGGGAACUCUGUGGAAAUGAAGCUUCUGAAGCUGUCCGGGAAGAGAAGCGGCCCCUGGUCAGGCCGAGAACGCCACAGCAGCAGCCCCGUCUUCCCCCAGCUCACUGCUAGGAGAGGCUGCUCCUGCAGCCCCAGGCCUCCCAAAAAUCCAGACGCAAACAGCGCGGUCUCUGCCUUCGCUUCCCGGUUCAAGUUACCCAGUAAAGAGGAACCUCAAACGCUCUGCCCCUGGUCGGGGCCCAGCGUCCAAACCCAGCCUAGGCAGGGCCGGCUCCUCCGGGGUCCUCGGCCGCCUGGGGGCCACAGGCGUCUCCCCGGUCCGUAUCCAGAGCCUGCUUCUCAGGAGAACGCUGGCUCUGGGGCCAGUCCUAACCCACGAGGCCUCCUCUCGACCACAUCUGCAAAGGCCCUAUUUCCAAAUAAGGUCGCAUUCCUGGGUCCCGGACGGACACGAACCCAGGGCCCGCGCAUCCCAGCGUCGCAGCCGCCAACCUCCGGCACCACGCCGACCCGCGCGGAGUCUUCCCUCCAUCAUCCGCGAGGAUUUCCCUUUGGAGUCUCGCUCUGUCGCCCAGGCUGGAGUGCAAUGGCGCAAUCUCGGCUCACUGCAACCUCCGCCUCCGUGGUUCAAGCGACUCUCCUGCCUCAGCCUCUGAGUAGCGGGAUUACUGGCGCGCGCCACCACGCUCAGCUUUUUGUAGAGACGGGGUUUCACCAGGUUGGCCAGGCUGGUCUCGAAAUCCUGACUUCAUGUGAUCCACCCGUCUCGGCCUCUCAAAGUGCUGGGAUUACAGGCGUGAGCCACCGCGCCCGGCCGGAUUUCCCUUUUAAACGUGAAGACAACUCCAUGUUCAUCGCGAGCCUGAAGUCCACGUGGCGCCCACCCGCGGGCGCCACCUGCCCGGCUGCCCCCGCACCCGGCCCGCCAGCCCUGCGCAGCCGCCUCUUUCCCCGGAAGUCCCGCCUCGGCCGGAAGUCGUGCGUCCACGCGUCUCGAAAGAUGGCGGCGUCCAGGAGAACGGGAGAGGCCGGCCCGGGCUGCUCCCAGGGACGCGUGGUCCGCAUGAAGCGCAGAGGCGGGCGCGGGCCGCGCUGCGGUCCUGGUGGCGGUGGGGAGAAGGCCCUGAAGAGGCUCAAGCUAGCGGUGGAGGAGUUCGUGCACGCGACUUCGGAGGGCGAGGCUGCCGGGGGUUGCGAGGGGCGCGGCGCCCCGGUGAGCUUUCGCCCGGGAGGGAGAAAAAGCCGCAAGGAACUGAGGAAGGAGAAGCGGCACCUGCGGAAAGCACGCCGGCUGCAGAGGACAGCCGGGCCGGACCAGGGUCCCGGCCCGGGAGGCCGAAGCGGAGCCGAAGAAGCGAGCGGUCCCCGGCGGGACACGGAGGAGCGCGCCCGCCCAGCCCCUAGUCGGGAUCCCUCGCCUCCCAAGAAGCCGCGGCCGUCCCGGGUCAAGGCCAAGGCCACGGCCGCCACCGCAAAGACCAGACCCUCCGCAGCCGCCACCGCCGCUGCCCGGAAACGGGCGCUUUUAGCGGCCAACGAGGAGGAGGACCGAGAGAUCCGAAAGCUGGAGCGUUGCCUCGGCUUGAACAAGCGCAAAAAGAAGGAGGGCAGGAGCUCCGUGCCGCUGAGCUUUGCACGCGACGGUCUUGACUAUAUUCUGGGAGCCCUGGAGUCUGGGAAAAAUAGCGGCUUGUACGACAGCAGUGGUGAGGAGGAGGAAGAUGCCGGACAGACACUUCCCGAAAGUGACUUAGAGAGUGACUCCCAGGACGAAAGUGAGGAGGAGGAGGAAGACGUAGAAAAGGAAAAGAAGGCGCAGGAAGCAGAAGCAGAAGCGCAGAGCGAGGACGACGACGAGGGUACAGAACAGGAACAGGGGGAAGAAAAGGAAAAGGGAGCGCAGGAGAAGAGAGGGAAGAGAGUCCGUUUUGCAGAAGAUGAAGAAAAGAGUGAAAAUUCCUCGGAAGACGGUGAUGUAACGGAUAAGAGUCUUUGUGGAAGUGGUGAAAAGUACAUCCCACCUCAUGUGAGGCGAACUGAGGAGACAGUGGACUUCAAGAAAAAGGAAGAACUAGAAAGGCUGAAGAAACAUGUAAAAGGUCUACUUAACAGGUUGAGUGAACCCAACAUGGCUUCCAUCAGUGGGCAGCUGGAGGAGCUGUACAUGGCCCACAGCAGAAAGGACAUGAAUGACACCCUGACCUCCGCCCUCAUGGGUGCCUGUGUCACUGCCUCGGCCAUGCCCAGCAGACUCAUGAUGGAGCAUGUUCUCUUAGUCAGCAUCCUUCACCACACAGUUGGAAUCGAGGUCGGUGCCCACUUUCUGGAGGCAGUGGUGAGGAAGUUCGAUGCCGUCUAUAAACACGGAAGCGAAGGGAAAGAGUGUGACAACCUGUUCACCAUCAUUGCCCAUUUAUACAACUUCCACGUGGUACAGUCUCUCCUCAUCUUCGACAUUUUGAAAAACCUGAUUGGAACUUUCACCGAAAAAGAUAUUGAACUGAUCUUGUUAAUGCUGAAAAACGUGGGUUUUUCAUUGAGGAAAGAUGAUGCUUUAUCACUUAAGGAACUGAUCACUGAAGCCCAGACCAAAGCCGGCGGGGCAGGCAGCAAGUUUCAGGACCAGACCAGGAUGCGGUUUAUGCUCGAGACGAUGUUGGCCCUGAAGAAUAAUGACAUGCGCAAAAUUCCAGGCUAUGACCCUGAGCCCGUGGAGAAGCUGAGGAAACUGCAGAGAGCUUUGGUCCGCAACGCCGGCUCAGGUUCUGAGACUCAGCUUCGCGUCUCUUGGGACAGCGUCUUGAAUGCGGAGCGGACGGGUCGCUGGUGGAUUGUGGGGUCCGCCUGGAGUGGGGCGCCGAUGAUCGACAACAGUCACCAUACGCACCUGCAGAAGCAGCUUGUGGGGACGGUCAGCUCAAAGAUCCUAGAACUCGCCCGGAAGCAGAGGAUGAACACGGACGUCCGGAGAAACAUAUUCUGCACAAUAAUGACAAGUGAAGAUUUUUUGGAUGCUUUUGAAAAGCUUCUGAAGCUUGGACUUAAGGAUCAGCAAGAGAGAGAAAUCAUUCACGUUCUCAUGGAUUGCUGCCUUCAAGAGAAAACUUACAAUCCCUUCUAUGCUUUCCUGGCUAGCAAAUUCUGUGAAUAUGAAAGGAGAUUUCAGAUGACUUUCCAGUUCAGCAUAUGGGACAAAUUUCGGGACUUGGAAAACUUGCCAGCUACGAAUUUCUCUAAUUUGGUUCAUCUGGUGGCCCACUUGUUGAAGACAAAAUCGCUUUCCCUUUCUAUCUUAAAGGUAGUCGAAUUCAGUGAAUUGGACAAACCCAGAGUCCAUUUUUUACGAAAAGUAUUAAGUAUCCUAUUAAUGGAAACAGAAGUUGAAGACCUCAGUUUAAUUUUCACAAGAGUAUCUGACAACCCAAAGCUGGGGAUGUUACGUGAGGGUUUGAAGCUUUUCAUCAGCCACUUCUUGCUAAAGAACGCACAGGCCCACAGAAGCGCCGACGAAGCCAACAUGCUGAGAGCGAGAGCUGACCUUGCAACCAGGUGUCUGCAAGGAAAAGCUUCCCUGAGAAUGUAGUCAGGGACAGAAGGAGGGCAGGUGGCCCUUUGACUGUAAAAUGUCCUUUGUAAACCCAAAGGCUUAUUCUGUUGCCUGCGUGUGAACGUUUGGUAGAGCUGUAUCAUUCUGUUACUGUAUUCUAUUUUGAGAUAAUUUUUUGAUCUAAGGUUUUAUUCAAAUAACUAUAUCUUGGGGGUGAGAGGAGAAGCAGGGAGGGAAAAGGGGUCAGGCACACUGGACAGGGUUCUCUAAGCAGUGAGGCUGGUGUGUGUGAUUGUCUUAAAAUUUUUAAUAGAUAUGGCCGAGCGUGAUGGCUCACCCCUGUAAUCCCAGCACUUUGUGAGGCCAAAGCAGGCGGAUCACUAGAGGCCAGGAAUUUGAAAACAGCCUGGGCAAAACCCUGUCUCUACUAAAAAUACAAAAAUUACCAAGGCAUGAUGGCACAUGCUGGUAAUACCAGCUACUGAGGUGGCUGAGGCACAAGAAUUGCUUGAACCCUGGAGGUAGAGGCUGCAGUGAGCCAAGAUUGUACCACUGUACUCCAGCCUGGGCUGGACAGUGAGACUUUGACAGACUGUCAAAAAAAAAAAAAAUUAAUAGAUAAAAUAGGCCACUAGAGGGUGCAGUUAUAAAGAAAUUGAUGAGGUUUUUACCUUUUUAAAAUAUUGGUUAAAAGUUCAAAAACCAUCACUUAAAUGUGAUUCUUUUUUUGAGACGGAGUCUUGCUCUGUCACCCAGGCUGGAGUGCAGUGUCCUGUAAUCUCGGCUCACUGCAACCUCCACCUCCCGGAUUCAAGCAAUUCUCCUGCCUCAGCCUUCCUAAUAGCUGGGACUACAGGCACACACCACCAUGCCCAGCUAAUUUUUGUAUUUUAGUAGAGACGGGUUUCACCAUGUUGGCAAGGCUGGUCUUGAACUCCUGACCUCAGGUGAUCCACCCGCCUCAGCCUCCCAAAGUGCUGAGAUUACAGGCAUGAGCCACCACACCCAGCUUAAAUGUGAUUCUUGAUAUUAAGUAUUUGGGUUGCAGUUGAACUUUGGCAAGGUCAGUCGACAUAAGCCCUGUGGAUAUGGCCUUAUGUACACUAUAAUGCAGACAGGUGCUUUUCAUCAUUCAUGUAACAUUCUCACACAGUUGAGGGUAUUCAUCUCCUCACUAAUUCCAAAUUGUAAAUGUACUUUCUUGAACAACUCUGAGGUCACCAAACAGUAGUUAUUUGACUGUUAAUAGGUGCUACUUGCUUGCAAGGAUUUGGAGAUGUAAACAUGAAGAAAAUAUAGUUACUCCUGCAAAGAAUUAACAUUUAUCUAGUGAGAGAAACAAACACACCCCACUCACUAAGUAUGGAAAACUGAUUCUGUGACGAAGCAGAAAUGUCCCUAGAUACCAGCGUGUAUUGCAGAUACCCAAAUGUUUAUUGUUUUCUCAGCCCUUCAGUUUUGCUUUUCUCUCUCAGAUGCUAUGACUCGAUUUAAAUCUUACCUUUGAUUGUUGAAAAAAGUCACUAAGAUGUGAAUGCAGAAUAGACAUUGAGAAGUUAUAUAUGUCCAAAACUCAUCUGUCCAGCAGUCUCUGUCCUCUUCAGAGUCGUCCCGUUGGGCAGAUGGGCACAGGUGCUGGUGAUGCCACUCCUGUGCAAAACGCCCCGUUUGUGGCACUUUCAGAUAUUAUUUAUUUACUUUUUAAGAGAGACAGGCUCACUCUGUCACCCAGGCCGGAGUGCAGUGGCACGAUCGUAGUUACCGCAGCAUCAAAUUCCUGGACUGAGGCAAUCCUUUUGCCUCAGCCUCGUGCAUAGCUAGGACCACAAGCAAUAGAGACAAGAUCUCCCUAUGUUAUGCAGGCUGGACUUGAACUCCUGGCCUCAAGUGAUCCUCUUGCCUUGGCCUCCCAAACACAGGGAUUAUAGGUGUGAGCCCCCGUGCCUGGCAUCAGAUUUUAUUUUAGCUCUACCCUAUGGCAGUUUGUGUUUGGAAAUCGUGAUGUGAAGUCAUCAGUAUCUGUGCAUAUCCCUAAACUAAUGAUUUAAGCUUUGAAGCAUGUGCAAGCAACAUGAACAACUGAAUACAGAAAGUAACGGAAAGCAGCACAGACUGUGUCAUCCCUACAGACUUCUAACCCUACAUUCAGCAACAUCAUUCAACCCGAGGCCAGAUUGAAACCCUACGUCUUCUAGCAGGUUCUGAAUUUAGAGGACAAAUAAGGUGAUAGGUACUAAGAGAAGCGUGAAUUAAGUGAAAAUCUUCCCUUUGUUAAGGAGCUUUUUAACAAGAGCGUCUUUGCUGGGUGGUGAUUGGGAUAUAACAUCAGUUCUACUGGACGUGUAGCUUGAUAGUGAAAUAAGGAGCUUGGGCUAAGGUAUAAAUCAACACACUGCUUCCUUCCUCAAGAAGGUCUUACUGUGAAGAAAAAAAGUCAGUUGAACUAAAUUGUGCUUCACGCCACGGUUGAUUUGCAUUCUGAUGCAAACCCUCAACCCCACAGACCAAGAGGACCCCUGGCCGCCUGUGAAUGCCCCACAUUUGAGUGGUGCUAACGUAAGUGAUGUUAAUGGGAAUUAAUAGGGGUGCAGCUACUAAGAUUGGGAAAAAUUAUCAUGACAGUGGCACCUCCUAAUUUCAUUAUGUACCAUACGCAGUAACCCUUGUUUGAGGUAGAGAAUUGAAGCUGAUUUUUCUGCAGAAGAUGAGUUUCUAUAAACCAUCCCAUUUUUAUAUUUUAUUAUUAAAACAAAUAUACCUUUCUUUGCUAGAGAGUAUAUUUAUGACUUAAAUUAUUAGCUACGGUUUGCAUUUAGUAUAUGGCAGUUUGCCUGUAAGUCUGUUCAUUUUAACAACAUAUGGGGCUGGGCACGGUGGCUCGCGCCUGUAAUCCCAGCACUUUGGGAGGUUGAGGCGGGCAGAUCACUUGAGGUCAGGAGUUCGAGACCAGCCUGGCCAACACGGCAAAACCCCGUCUUUACUAAAAAUAUAAAAAUUAGCUGGGCAUGGUGGCAGGCACCUGUAAUCCCAGCUACUCGGGAGGCUGAGGCAGGAGAAUCGCUUGAACCUGGGAGGCGGAUGUUGCAGUGAGUGGACAUUGUGCCAUUGUACUCCAGCCUGGGAACAAGAGUGAAACUCUCAAAAGCAAAAACAAAAACCCAACAUAUAUGGGCUGUUAGAUAGUAAUUGUAAUUUAGUAUAAAUAGUAAAUGAGUACAUCUUGAUUAAAAGCUAUGAAUUCAGAAUUGCUUUUAAAUAUAUAGGGGGUUUUUUGAAAUUUAUUACAGUGCAAUUGAAAAUACACUUAAAAUACUGCAGGAUGCUUAGUGCUCAGUGUUAUGUAUGAACUUGUGGACUUUACAAUGCAGGUUAAGAACUGCUAAUCUAUAGAAUGACUAAACAGCUGUUUUUCAGGGAAUCUCAUUUUUAAAGGUAUAAGGAACAAACUUUAAUGUAUUGAAAUGUAUAAAUAAAAUUUAUUUUUUAUAUUUUGUUUAGAGUAACAGUGAACGUUUAUUUUGAAAGACCAGCUUGGCUGGGCAUGGUGGCUCACACCUAUAAUGCCAGCACUUUGGGAGGCCAAGGUGGGUGGAUCACCUGAGGUCAGGAGUUCGAGACCAGCCUGGCCAACAUGGCAAAAACCCUGUCUCUACUAAAAAUACAAAAGUUAGCCAGGUGUAGUGGCAGGUGCCUGUAAUCCCAGCUACUCGGGAGGCUGAGGCAGGAGAAACUUCAACCCGGUGGGGGGAGGUUUUAGUGAGCUGAGAUUGUGCCGUUGCACUCCAGCCUGGGCAAAAGAACAAGCCUCUGACUCAAAAAAAAUCUUUGAUGGUAAACUGAGGUCUAUACCUUUCCUUUACCUUUUAAAGAAGGCUACUUAGCUCUAUGAUUUAGGAAGAAAGAUUCAUUCUCUUCACCCCCAGAGAGAGAGAACGCCCAGGAGGUGGAAUGUUAACCACUGGAGAACUUGGGGAGGUUUAUGCGGGUGAAGUGUGUUCUUGGAACUUUUCUGUAAGUGUAUAAUUGUUUCAAAAUAGAUUUUUUGAAAGCAUUCAUAAUGCAGAACUCAUUCUAUAAAGAUCUAAAAUAUACUUUUACAAAAAUAAUUAAGCAAACUGAUUCAAAUCACCUUUGCCUCCUUCGUAAAAAAUUGCCUAGGCCUUAGCGUACAUCUGCCAAGAUUUACCUUAACUUUAGGGCGGGUUGGUUUCCGUCAGCUUGGUCAGGUGACCGCCUUAGCUCCCUGUCGCACCACCUGCAUUGGCAGUGGAGGGUGGGAGACCUGGAGAACAGAAGGAGGGAAGGUCCUGUCAUUGACCGCGCUCAGGGGCUUCGGUAUCAAGAACUGCAUUGAUGAUGGGCUUGGUGUCGGUGGGUGUCCAAAUUACCCAGGCACCUGCAUCCCUAUAGGGUUGAAUAGAGUGUAUAGGAGUGAGCUGGGAGAUGCCAGCACCCUCCCCCUCUCCCCACUGUGGCAGGCGUCCCACGGGCCAGGUCAGCUUCAUUCUUUUUUUUUUUUUUUUUUGAGAUGGAGUCUCACUCUGUCUCCCAUGCUGGAGUGCAGUGGCACGAUCUCAGCUCACUGCAACUUCGGCUUCCUGGGUUCAAGCGAUUCUCCAGCCUCAGCCUCCCAAGUAGCUGAGAUUACAGGCAUGCACCACCAUGCCUGACUAAUUUUUGUACUUUUAGUAGAGACAGGGUUUCACCCUGUUGGCCAGGCUGGUCUCAAACUCCCAACCUCAAGUGAUCUGCCCACCCUGGCCUCCCAAAGUGCUGGGAUUACAGGUGUGAGCCACCGCACCCGGCCCCGUAUACCACAUUUUCUUUAUCCAUUAGGUUGAUGCUGUAUCUUGGCUAUUGUGACUAGUGCUGAAAUGAACAUGGGAAUGCGGAUGUCUCUUUGAAAUGGUGACUGAGUUCUUUUAGGUGUAUACCCAGUUGUGGGAUUACCGGAUCAUAUGGAAGUUCUAUUUUUAAUUUUUUGAGGAGCUUCCCUACUGCUUUCCAUAAUGGCUGUGCCAAUUUACAUUUCCACCAACCACGUGUGAGGAAAACGGUGUGGGUUCCCUUUUCUCCACGCCUUUGCCAACACUCCCCUUUUGUGUGUUUAAUAGUAGCCAUUCUAACAGGUGCAAGGUGAUAGUUCAUUGUGGUUUUGAUUUUCAUUUCCCUGAUGAUUAGUGAUGUUGAACAUCUCGUAUAACUGUUGGGCAUUUGCAUGCUUGCUUUGGAGAAAUGUUUAUAUGCAUCCUUUGGCCCAAUUUUUAUCAGAUUUUUGGGGGUUUUUUAUUUGGUUUUGUUAUUUGUGGGUUAUUGUUUUUGUUUUGCUAUUCAGUGGUAUGAGCGUAUUUUGGAUAGUGACACCUCAUUAGAUCUAUGGUUUGCAACCAUUUUCUCCCACUGGGUAGGCUGUCUUCAUUUUUUUUUUUCCUCUCCUGCGCAGAAGCUUUUUAGUUUGAUGUAAUCCCAUUUGUUUAGUUUCGCUUGUGUUGCCUGUGCUUUUGGGUUCACAUCCAAAAAGUUAUUUCCGAGACCAAUGUUGAGGAACUCUUUUCCUACGUUUUCUUCUAGGUGUUUUGUGAUUUCAGGUCUUAAAAGAUUUAAGCCUUUGAUCCAUUUGAGUUGAUUUUUGUAUAUGGUGUAAGAUAAGGAUCCAGUUCCAUUCUUUUGCAUUGGAGAUCCAUUUUUCCCAGCACCGUUUAUUGAAAACAUUAUCCUUUCCUCACUGCGUAUUCUUGGUGCCCUUGUCAAAUAUUAGUUGACUGUGUAUGUGUGGGUUUAUUUCUGGGCUCUGUUCUGUUCCCCAUGUCUAUGUAUCUGUUUUUAUGCCAGUACCGGACUGCUUUGAUGUAGCUUUGUAAUAUACAGUCAUGUGUCACAUGAUGACAUUUUGGUCAAUGAAAGACUAUAUAUACGACAGUGGACGCAUAAGAUAAUAGAGCUGAAAAAUCCCUUUUCUAUGUUUAGACACACAAAUAUCACUGUGUUAUAAGUACUUAGAAUAUUCAAUACAGUAACAUGCUGUAUGGGUUUGUAGCCAAGGAGUAAUAGGCUAUGCCAUACAGCCAAAGUGUGUAGCAGGUGUACUCUGUGAUGUUUGAACAAUGAUGAAAUUGCCUAACAACACAUAUCCCAGAAUGUAUCGCUGUCAUUGGCGACAUGUGACUGUAGUUGUUUUGGUUUGGUUUGGUUUUUUUGAGACAGUCUCACUCUCUCACCCAGGCUGGAGUAUAACAGCGCAAUUUGGGCUCACUGCAACCUCCAUCUCCCUGGUUCAAGUGAUUCUCAUGACUUGGCCUCCCAAGUAGCUGGGAUUACAGGUGCCUGCCACCAUGCCCAGCUAAUUUGUGUAUUUUUAGUAGAGAUGGGGUUUCUCUGCAUUGGCCAGGCUGGUCUCAAACUCCUGGCCUCAACUGAUUCACCCGCCUCAGCCUCCCAAAGUGGUGGGAUUACAGGCAUGAGCCACCACUCCAGGCCAACUGUAGUUUGAAAUCAAGAAGUGUGAUGCCUUCAGCUUUGUUCUUUCUCAAGAUUGCUUUGGCUGUUUGGGGUCUUUUGUAGUUCCAUAUAAAUUUUAGAGUUGUUUUUUCUUUUAUUUAUUUAUUUAUUUUGAGACAGAGUCUCACUCUCUGUUGCCAGGCUGGAGUGCAGUGGUGCGAUCUCAGCUCACUGCAACCUCCACCUCCCAGGUUCAAGCAAUUCUUCUGCCUCAGCCUCCCAAGUAGCUGGGACUACAGGCAUGUGCCACCACACCUGGUUAAUUUUUGUAUUUUUAGUAGAGGCAAGGUUUCACCAUGUUGUCCAGGCUGGUCUCGAUCUCUUGACCUUGUGAUCCACCUGCCUUGGCCUCCCAAAGUGCUGGGAUUACAGGCAUGAGCCACUGCGCCCGGCGUGUUUUUUCUAUACAUGUGAAAAAUGCCAUUGGAAUUUUGAUAAGGGUUGCAUUGAAUCUCUAGAUCACUGAGUAGUAUGGAUAUUUUAACAAUGUUAAUUAUUCCAAUCCAUGAACAUAUGAUAUCUUUUCAUUUAUUUGUGUCUACUUUAGUUUCUUUAAUCAAUGUUUUAUAUAGUUGUUAGUACACAGAUCUUCCACCUCCGUUAAAUUUUUUUUUUUUUUUUUUUUUUUUGAGACAGAAUCUCGCUCUGUUGCCCAGGCUGGAGUGCAGUGGCGCAAUCUCGGCUCACUGCAAGCUCUGCCUCCCGGGUUCGCGCCAUUCUCCUGCCUCAGCCUCCUGAGUAGCUGGGACUACAGGCGCCCGCCACCACACCUGGCUAAUUUUUUUGUAUAUCUAGUAGAGACAGGGUUUCACCAUGUUAGCCAGGAUGGUCUUGAUCUCCUGACCUCGUGAUCUGCCUGCCUCAGCCUCCCAAAGUGCUGGGAUUACAUGUGUGAGCCACCAUGUCUGGCCCUACCCCAGUUAAAUUUAUACUUAAGUAUUUUGUUCUUUUUGAUGCUAUUGUAAAUUUAUUUGUUUUCUUAACUUCUCUUUUGGAUAGUUGUUAAUGUUUAGAGACACAACUGAUUUUUGUAUCCUCAACUGUACUAAAUUUGUUUAGCUAUAGCGGGUUUUUUACGGAGUCUUUAGGGUUUUCUAGAUAUAAGAUUGUGUCAUCUGCAAACAGAGAACGUCUUCCUUUCCUAUUUGGAUUUUUUUUCUUACCUAAUUGCUUUGGCUAGGAUUUAGUGAUUUUCGGUCUGGAUGAUCUGUCUGUUAUUGAAAAUGGAUAAUCAUGUCCCUACUAUUAUUGCACUGCUGUCUGUUUUCUGUCUGGAUGAUCUGUCUGUUAUUGAAAAUGGAUAAUCAGGUCCCUACUAUUAUUGCACUGCUGUCUAUUUCUUCCCUCUUUUCUGUUAAUAUUUGCUUUCUGUUUAGGUGCCCCAAUAUUGAGUGGAUGUAUAUUUAUAAUUGUUAUAUCCUCAUGAUGAAUUAGCCCCUUUAUCAUUAUAUAGUGACAUUCCUUUUUUUGAGAUGGAGUCUUUCUCUGUCACCCAUGCUGGAGUGCAGUGUGUGAUCUCAGCUCACUGCAACCUCUGUCUCCAAGGUUCAAGUGAUUCUCCUGCCUCAGCCUCCAGAGUAGCUGGGAUUACAGGAAUGUGCCACCACACCACUACUAAAAAUACAAAACUUAGCCAGUCAUGGUGGCACGCGCCUGUAGUCCCAGCUACUCGGGAGGCUGAGGCAGGAGAAUCACUUGAACCUGGGAGGUGGAGGUUGCAGUGAGCCAAGAUGGUGCCACUGCACUCCAGCCUGGGUGACAGAGUGAGACUCUGUCUAAAAAAAAAAAGAAAGAAAAAAAGGAAAGGAAGAAAGAAAAAAAUAUAUUUAUUAUUCAUUAAGUAGAAGUGGAUCAUCAUAAAUGUCAUCAUCCUCAUCAUCCUCACGUUGAGUAGUCUGAGGAGGGGUUGUCUUGCGGUCUCAGGGAUGGCAGAGGCAGAAGAAAAUUAGCUUAUAUAUAGACCCACAAAGUUCAAACCCUCGUUGUUCAAAGGUUAACUGAAUAAACUCAUAACUUGAAUUGCA